GCUAAUUUGUUUCAUUACUUUAUAUAGUCUCUUUUGUUUGUGUUUUUUUAAUUUUAAAGAGUAAAGAGAAACAACGUCCUGUGGAAGUGGAUGGGGCCUUUUUAGUCACUCGCCAGCGUAAGGAUGGAGGUUGGGUCGAUUCAUGCUCUAUGGAAACAUAUAAUACAUAUCAAAAGAAAUUAAAGGAGAUUGCUGAAAGUGAAGAUGGUUCUACAAAUGGCACAAGUGAUAUCAAGAGCCGUAAGAAAUUAGCAAUCUGGCAAGAGACCGUUGGGGGAAAGAGCAAAGGAAAAGUCUAUGGGACGGCUGAAUUGUCGUCGAAUUUUACGCGUGAAGGAGCAACAAUUUUCUACACUACUCAAGAAUGUUGUGAUGAUGAACUCAUCACUCAUGAUGUUCGAUUACAAAAAGAGCUUGAAGAGUUGCGUCAUGCUCAAGAAGCGGAACGUUUAGCUCAUGAGGAGGAGCGUCGUGCACAAGAAGAAAAAAUUGCAGAGAUGGAGAAGUCAAUGGAGCUGAUAGUGUCACGUCUUGCAACUAUUGAGGCCAUCUUCAAGACACUUGAUCCCAUCACCUUCUCCAAGAUUAAGCAUCUCAAGACUGCCAUGGAGAUUUGGCAAGGUCUUGGGAAGCUAUGUGAGGGAUCAGAGGACCUGAGAAAGCAGAAGAUAGAAGUCCUGCUUGAGAAGUUCAAAAGCUUCAAAAUGCUUCCCGGAGAAUCAUUUGAUAUGUUGGAUGAAAGAUUCCACAAGAUAUUGAAUGAUUUUGCUUCACUUAAUCACAUUCUUUCUCCUAAAGAAAAGAAUGUAAGGUUGCUGAGAUCACACCCAACUGAGUGGUACACCAAAGCCACAGCCAUGGAAGAAGGAAGAAACCUAGAGAACUACACUGUUCAAGGUCUCCUUGAUGAACUCAGAACCUAUGAGCACGAGCUGAAGAAGAAGAAGGAAGAACAAGUCACUCCCUUCCCCACGGCAUUGAUGACAACUCCAAGAAUCCCAUCAAGUGAAGGGACAUGCACAAGAAACUGUGACACACCUUCCUCCAGCCAGCCGUCAAGCUCAAAAAUGGAGAACUACAAUGAGGAAUUUGCCAUGAUGGUCAAGCAAUUCCGGAAGUUCAAGAAGUUCUUCAAGAAGGCUGAUUCAGUCAGAAGGCCAUUCAAGGGAAAGCCACAAGUAAGUGACUCCCCUCCUGAAUCUUAUUUAUGCUAUAAUUGCAGGAAGCCUGGCCACUGGAAGUCAGCAUGCCCGUACCCAAAGGUGGAGAAGUACGGAGAAAGAGAAAGGAACGAGAAGAAAAAGAAGGCAAUGGUUGCUGCUGAAAGUGACGAGUCAUCCAGCUCAAGCUCGGAUGAAGCCCUCGUCUGCAUGGAGCGCAGAGUUGAGAAGUCCAACCAUGAGGAUAGGUGGACUAUGUCAGAAGAUGACACUCUCUGCCUAAUGGCCAAAGAUGAUGCUGAUCAAGAUGUAACCUCACAAACCUCCUGCUCAUCUUCUUAUAGCAUACCAACUUCUGAAAAUCUUUUUGACCAGUUCAAAAAGAUGAUGGAAGAUUUUGAGGAGAUAAAUCUCAAACACUCAUCCUUAACAGAAGAGAACAAACUAUUGAGUGAAGAGAAUCUCAAGUUGACUGAAAGUCCGAAAAGUCAACUGAAUGAAAUCACUCAACUCAAGACUGAAAAUGAAUCUCUCUCUGAAAAGGUGAAAUCCCUUAACAAAGAGCUAGGGAUACUUAAGUCCAAAGAAGCAGUGAACAAGCUUCUUGAAACGACCAAACAUAAGGGUCGUGAAGGACUUGGGUUUGACCCCUCUAGUUCCAAAAGGAAAGGGAAAACAACUUUCAUCCCUCCUAAACCUACUGCCAAACCAAAUAAGCAGAAAGGGAAGGAAAAGGAGAAACCAACAGAAGUUCCCAAAAAGGUGGAGAAGUACGGAGAAAGAGAAAGGAACGAGAAGAAAAAGAAGGCAAUGGUUGCUGCUGAAAGUGACGAGUCAUCCAGCUCAAGCUCGGAUGAAGAAGCCCUCGUCUGCAUGGAGCGCAGAGUUGAGAAGUCCAACCAUGAGGAUAGGUGGACUAUGUCAGAAGAUGACACUCUCUGCCUAAUGGCCAAAGAUGAUGCUGAUCAAGAGGUAACCUCACAAACCUCCUGCUCAUCUUCUUAUAGCAUACCAACUUCUGAAAAUCUUUUUGACCAGUUCAAAAAGAUGAUGAAAGAUUUUGAGGAGAUAAAUCUCAAACACUCAUCCUUAACAGAAGAGAACAAACUAUUGAGUGAAGAGAAUCUCAAGUUGACUGAAAGUCGGAAAAGUCAACUGAAUGAGAUCACUCAACUCAAGACUGAAAAUGAAUCUCUCUCUGAAAAGGUGAAAUCCCUUAACAAAGAGCUAGGGAUACUUAAGUCCAAAGAAGCAGUGAACAAGCUUCUUGAAACGACCAAACAUAAGGGUCGUGAAGGACUUGGGUUUGACCCCUCUAGUUCCAAAAGGAAAGGGAAAACAACUUUCAUCCCUCCUAAACCUACUGCCAAACCAAAUAAGCAGAAAGGGAAGGAAAAGGAGAAACCAACAGAAGUUCCCAAAAAGGUAGUCCCUCCUAAGAACUAUAGGAAGCUGGACAGACCUCAAAAAGGAAACAAUUUCAGAAGAAAACCUUCUAACCCCCAAUAUACACGAGGCUAUACUCAUUAUGGGGUAGACAGGAGUUUUCCAAAAAAUUCUGAGUGGAGAACUAUGCCAAGAUAUAGUCAUCCUCCACCUCAAAAACUAUUUGUGCCACCUAAGUAUGCUUAUAACCGACACAGGUCACACUAUGCACAACCUAGACAAAACUAUAGGUCUUACCAACCUAGGUUUGCUAGGAGAAAACAGGAAAUUGCACCUCCUGCACGUAGGAAGUUUUAUGCCUACAACUAUGAUUACAAUCCCAACAAGUUUAGAGCUACAAGGAAAAAUCCCUACAACUUCAAACUUGAUGUAGGGACACACACUACGUCAAAAACAGAUGCUGACAACUGUUUCUUUUAGUAGUCUCUCGGUGCUGAUUUCAGUAGUCUUCCGAGCAGCUGUCUGAUAUAUUUACAGACUAUUGUUUAAAAACAAUUGUGUAAAAUGGUUGACGACACCGGUUUUGUAAUGUUUUAGAGUACGACUUUUUAGUGUUGUCCUUGUAUGAGUAAGACAUCUGUUUUUUAAAGUUAAAGAGAACUGUGAUUUUUUGUUGUCUAUCUAUAAUGAAUACUACUGUUGUUU